AUGGAUAGGGAGACGCGCGUAUUCGCGGAGAAGCACUUCCAAGGCCUCCGGGAGCGUCUCCCCGCCAAGAUCAGCCGGACCCCAGACUGCGUGGACUUCAUCGAGAAUCCAGACGCCUUAUCCUACAAUGACUUCUUUAAGGGUUACCUACUCCCCAAUGUGCCCUGUGUUUUCUCCAGAGCGUUCACUGAGAGCUGGGGCAGCAGGAAGCACUGGGUGACACCCGACGGGAAGCCCAACUUUGAUUAUCUGCUUCAGAAUUAUGGAGACAUGGUUGUACCUGUUGCAAACUGUGGAGUACAGGAAUACAACUCCAACCCCAAAGAACAUAUGCCCCUCAGAGACUACAUCAACUACUGGAAAGGAUAUAUCCAGGGAAACUACUCUUCUCCAAAGGGCUGUCUUUACCUCAAAGACUGGCACCUGUGCAGGAACUCCUCAGCGGAGGAUGUAUACUCUCUGCCGCUGUACUUCUCAUCAGACUGGCUGAACGAGUACUGGGACGCCAUCAAUGUGGAUGACUACCGCUUCGUCUACAUGGGACCCACAGGCACCUGGUCGCCGUUCCAUGCUGACAUCUUCCGCUCCUACAGCUGGUCCGUCAACAUUUGUGGGAAGAAAAAGUGGUUCUUGUUUCCACCAGGGCAGGAAGAAGCCCUGCGAGAUUGCCACGGCAGCCUGCCCUACAAUGUGACCUCACCUGCACUUCUUGACGACCGCCUGUACCCAGCACAUGCACACUGCAGCCCACCUCUGGAGGUCACACAGGAGGCAGGCGAGAUGCUGUUUGUGCCUAGCGGAUGGCACCACCAGGUCCACAACCUGGAGGACACCAUCUCCAUCAACCACAACUGGGUCAAUGGCUGUAACCUGGCCCCCAUGUGGCACUUUCUGCAGCAGGAGCUCCAUGCUGUGCAGCAGGAAAUCAGUGAAUGGAGAGAUGCCAUGUCUGACUGGCACCACCACUGCCAGGUGAUCAUGAAGUCUUGUACAGGGAUCAAUUAUGAAGAGUUUUACCACUUCCUCAAGGUCAUCGCUGAAAGAAGGAUCCUGACUCUAGCAGAUGGGAUGGACACUGGGACGACAGGGAGUGUGGGUGAUACUAGGCUGGACACCCAACAGGCUGCUUUCGAUGUCAGUCGGAUCACUGAAGUGCUGGCGUCUUUGAUCACAAACCCAGACUUCAAGAGAGUGGACACCAGCGCCUUCUCGCUGCAACCGGAGCAGCUGCUGCAGCAGCUGGAAAAGAUCAUCACUGCCGCUGCAUCCCUGUAG